AUUAAUUGAUACCGUAACAAAGUAGUUAAGAGUAGAAAGCUGAAGAACAGAAGUGGUACAAGUCAAGUCAUCUUCCACUGUGAAAUCAGCAGCAGCAACAACAACAUUUGAUCACAUCUUCAUCAUCUUUGACUUUCACUUCCAUUUCUAACCUUGUCUUAACCUCACUCAUAGUCUCUCAGCUAGAAGUGUCUGAAAGCUUCUUCAGAUUAAUGAAAUGAAAACAAAAGGAAGAAGUGUGUUGUCAGUACGAUGGAGCCUAGGGCUUCCUACUGUUUGUCUUCUUUGUUUCUUCUUUUUUGUCGCCGGUCUUUUCGCUUCCAUGUUUCUUUCUCAUCAGGAGUUAUCAGCUGGAUUGCGACCGAAACCGAGGUUCCUUGAAUCGAAAGUGGAGGAGAUUCAGUUUAAUAUGUUGCCGCGUGGCGAAACAGGAGAAGAUUCUUUGACUCAGAUUCCGUUUCAGGUUUUAAGUUGGAAACCUCGGGCACUAUACUUCCCUGGUUUUGCAGCACCUGAACACUGUGAAACCAUUAUUAAGAUAGCAAAGGCACGUCUUGCACCUUCAAGCUUGGCGCUACGCAAGGGAGAAACAGCAGAAAGCACCAAAGGAACUAGAACAAGCUCUGGGACAUUUAUGAGUGCAUCUGAAGACAAAACUGGAACCUUGGAUAUCAUUGAGGGUAAAAUUGCAAGGGCCACUAUGAUUCCUCGCACUCAUGGAGAGGCAUUUAACAUCUUACGCUAUGAGAUUGGACAGAAGUACAAUUCACAUUACGAUGCAUUCCACCCUGCUGAGUAUGGUCCACAGAAGAGUCAGAGAAUUGCUUCUUUUUUAUUGUAUCUAUCGGACGUGGAAGAAGGUGGAGAAACUAUGUUCCCAUUUGAGAAUGGAUUGAAUGUUGACAACUAUGAUUUUGAGAAGUGUAUUGGCUUAAAAGUAAAACCACAAAAGGGCGAUGGACUCCUAUUUUAUUCUGUUUUCCCAAACGGGACAAUUGAUAUGACAUCACUCCAUGGGAGCUGCCCAGUAGUUACAGGGCAGAAAUGGGUGGCAACAAAGUGGCUCAGGGAUCAAGAACAGGAUGAUUGAUAUACACACACAGAUGUAGUAUAGCAUUCCUCAAUUUUGUGAUAUGAGAACAAUCAAUUAGUCAAUAUAUCUCUUUAUUCA